GAAACGAAGCUGACGGCGAAACAUCAGACUGUCUGUGGUGGGGACACGGAAACGAAGAUGAGCUACUUAUAUCAGCUCUGUGGCUUUGUGGGAAUCCUGCUGCUGGCACGGUGUUCCCUCGGAGUUCCUGCGAGUCCCUCGGACAGGCUGUGGGAAGAGAUUGGGAAUGUCAAAGCCAUGAUGGCCGCCGUAUCAGACGAGCUGGAGAAAUUCAACAGUCUGUACCUCGGUAAACUGGAGUACCGGAUGCUGUCUAUGGCCUCGACACUCAGCAGCCUGGACAGUAACGUGAAGAACCUGCAGGAACGUGCCCAUGUGUGGGACACCUUCCAACUGCAUGUCGCCGCAUGGAACGACCAGAUGAGCACGCUGGACAAGAAAGUGGAUAUACUGAGCAGGGGUCAAGAGAAAAUGGUUCUUCUUGAUGGAAAGGUAAGUUCCCUGCUGGAGGUGGACUACAAGGUAGAACGAGUCGUAGAGAAGUUGGGUGAGACAGACCAUAAAUUGGCAGCUAUUGGAAAGGCGCUGGACGACCAGAAGGACGGGCCCCUUUUUGGGGAGUUCACCACACGGGGCGUCCUCAGCACUCUCAAGCUUAUCGAAAGAAAAGUAGACAGACUUCAAGGUGGCCUUGUUCAGCAUGUGGCGUCUCAUCAUCACCAUGGCAACGGGAAAUCGGGGCUGAAGUCUGUGCGACAUGCCAAUGGCGGCGGGUCCUCGAGGAGGAAUGAGACGGCUGCCGACUGCCUGACUUGUGGCGAGGAGAUGCCGCUAGGGGCCCGCGGUAAACUCGUGAUCCGAUGUAACACGCCCGUCAUUGUGGAAGAACUGUUGCGUGAUGUAGCAUCCAAAGUUGACGUAAUCUUUGACAAAGUUUCACGAGGAGAAGAAGAGGAAGUCUUGAAACUAAGAACCGCCGCCGAUGAGUCUGUUGAAGAAGUCAGAGAACCACACGAGUUAAAGUUAUUGGAUAAGUUAUGGAAACGUCUGACCUCCCCACACAAGAAGACAGCCCGAGCUUUGGAGGCGAUGGAGAAGACAAUUCGGACAACCAGCAACACCACGGCGGCUCUGUGGGAGGAUCAGAUGGCCAUGUUCGAACAACUGCUCUCUUGCUGCCAGGACACGCGUCGCGGCGUUCGCGUCUACGCGGGCGAUGCCGACAUGUUGCUCAAGAAAGUAGAAGGCACGCGCAUUAACAUCGCCUUCCAGGACGAGCAGCGAACAGAGGCUCUCCACAGCCACUUCAAGCAACAGAGAGAGUUCUUGGAGAAGAUUGUGGCUUCGUCUUCUCUUUCUGUCAAGCCUGUGGCACCUUGUAGCAGAAGUGACCCUGUAGCAGCCAGUCCUCUUCCGGAGCUCCCAGACACUGAGAGCAGCGGAGACGAUGACUUGGGUUCGCGAUGUAGAGGAGACUUGCAGCAAGUUCAUGCGAUAGAACCGAUCGUGACGUCUAGAGCGGGCAGCUGUGAGGAGCUGAUAGGUUCGGGCAUGGACAGUGGGGUGUACAGUCUGCAGGACUGCGAGCUCAACUCAGCAGGUCGCGACUUCUACACCCGAUACUGCGACAUGAGGACAGACGGCGGAGGAUGGACGGUUUUGCAGCGUCGCGGGGAAUUCCCGGGACCUCGCCUCAACUUCACAGUACCAUGGCGGGAUUACAAGAACGGUUUCGGGGUUCUGGAUCAGGAGUUCUGGUUCGGAAAUGAUUACAUUCACAGGUUGACUAAUCUUCAGGAGCGAGUGACGCUGCGGGUAGACCUAGAAUCUUUCGACGGGAAGACAGCUUGGGCUGAAUAUUCAAAUUUCAGAAUAGCUGACGAAGAGAACGGAUACCGACUGACCAUCGGGGGUUACAGAGGUAAUGCCACGGAUUCACUUUCCGCACACAACGGGUAUUCAUUCAGCACGAUAGAUCGUACUAAUGACAAGGCACCAUCUUGUUGCCCCUGCGUUCCUGCAUACGGAGGUGGCUGGUGGUUCUACAGUUGUUUCGAAGCAAAUCUGAACGGCGAGUUCUACUCUGCCACGGAUCCUAGAGACGAAUUCCGUGGCCUUAUUUGGGAGCACUGGAUUGGAGAUGUAUCUCUCAAGAAAACCGAAAUGAAGAUUAGAUCACCAGACGUUAUCACAACGACACAGGACCCUCAUUUCGAUGAUCAGAUCACAGAAGUACAUCCAGAUGAUGUCAGACCUUUGAACAUUCCUGAAGAUCCUUAAUGUAAUGAAAAUGAUGAAUUAUCGUGCUACCAAAUUUGAUAUAUUCCUGGUGGGAUUAAAGCUAUGUCUUUAUAUUUUUGAGAGUCUAGGUAAGGAUAAUCAAACUGAAAUAUUGGUUAAGUUAUAACAAAAAUCAAAUCAUAAUUUGUCUGAAAAAAUUAAAUCAAAUUUAUUUUGUCACUAAUUUCUCAUAUUUUGCUUCUGCUGCAUUUCAUUAUGAAAAGUAGCGUCCAUAUAAUCAAAUCGUGUCUUCAGGCAAAUACGUGUAUGUUUAAGUUGUAUAGAUCACUAAUCUGUAACGAAAGUGUUGAAUGAAUCCAUUUUUUUUUCAAACGUUACAUGUUGUAUAGUUGCGUUCACAAUGCAAUGGACGAAGGUUUCAAAACAUGAUGCUGAUGCUUCGAAAUGUUAUCAUAACUUUGGUGAUAAUCGCCUAUUUCCGUCCAGUUUCUUCUCUCAAGAAUUUAUUGCUGUUACCCGAAAUCAAUAUACUUGCUGAAGUUUUAAAAUACGUUUUGUUUUAAUAGACGAAGGGCGUGUUUAGUUAAUACAUUUUUAUAAGUAACAGCAUAUGAUGUACUUAAGAAUAUAUUAAUAAAAAUCGAUAAUUUAUUUCACAUUUAAACGUGUAUAUGGAAUGUUUUGAAAAUG